GUUGGUUGCUCAGCUGUUUUGAAGAAUCGACGCGGCUACAGCCGCCUGGCAGUGACUGCUCGUGAUUCGACGUGUGAUCGCUGUUUUCACGUCCAAACGCGGAACAGAUGUGGAGUGACUGUCCAAAUUUCUGACAUAUCUUAACCACGAUUCUUUAAACAGGAUCUUUUUUCUACGUUAUUAAUAAUACUUAACGUUAAAUCGUGAGUGAGUGUGUAAUAUUUGCCUUAUACAAUCAAAAAACGAAAUAUACACAAAAACAAAAAAGAAGAAAAAAAGAAGACACAUACACGAAAAAAAAAAAGAAAAGAAAUCGCCAUGAGCGAGUUAACUCAAGAAGAAAUGAGAAGAAGGCGAUUAGCGCGGUUAGUGGGUUUAGACACGAGUUGUCCAACUAACAACUCUAGUAACAAUGGAGGUACGAUAUCUCCAAGUACACCAGGCCCAUCAAAUCCAUUUGCAGGAUCUAUAAUAUCUCCAGCUAUACAACAAUUUAAUAAUCAAGCAAUUCCAAUGGAGGUUGAAGAAACUAGUGAGAAACAAUCUGGUGUAGAUGUUGAUUCUGGUAUUGAAAAUAUGGAAGUUGAAGAUUCUGACAGAAAAGUGUCACGCUCACGUACAACAAGUUCCAGCACAGAAGUGACUACUGAACAAAUUCAUAUUGUUAUAUCGCGAGUAUUGUGUGUAUCGUGGAAAGAACCUUUAGAAGGAACAUUACUUUUACCAGAAAUGUCAGCUUACGCACUUAUUCAUAAAUUAACCGAUGUCGCGGAUAUCAUCAAUCAAGCUAUUAUGGAAGUUUUACAUAUGUUUUCAAGAGGAGAAGAUCCAUUUAAAAAAAUAACUUUAGAAAUGUCAUCCGAUCGUGAGGACAGUCCGAACAGCCAAGCAAGUCCUUUGUUGAGUCCAGUAAUGACUGCACCAUCUUAUCAAUUACCAACAUUACCAUUACCUGCUGGAAGUAAAUCAUUGCAGUCUAAAAGUCUUAUUUAUUUAUUAGAUUCAUAUUCGCGAGUUGCAAUAGAAGAACGUAAUCAUCCUAAGCGAUCAAGUAUACCACCACUUUCUGAUGUACUAUCAACUCUGCGAGCUCAAUGUGUUCAAUACUCAAGUCUUGUUUUACAAGGUCUUAUAGGGAUUUGUCAAAAUUCUAUUACACCAGCUUAUCUUUCACCACUUCUUCAUCCAAUGCUCUCGCAGAGUUUACCCCGCGGUUACUUACACGAACUUGUAGCCAGAACACAUACGAAUUCAAGUAUCUUCAGCAAAAUUUUCACUCCUUUGCUGCAAGGCCUCUAUCUUUCAAUGCAACAAGCUAGUCUGGUUGGUAAUACACAUCGAAGAACUAUAGAAGCACUUGAAGAACUGAUAGAAAUUCGUUGUGGACUUAACGGCAAUAUACGUCCCAUAUGUCGUUUAAUCACUCACCAAGCACAAUUUUUGCCUGAUGUAAUGACGAAUGCUGCUGGAAGAGAACUUACAAGAACUUCAUUUCUCGGACCCUUUUUGUCAAUUUCUGUAUUUGCUGAAGAUCAACCUAAAGUAGCAGAAAAAUUCUUCAGUGGAAAUCCAUUUACUGAUAAAUCAAUGAAUACAACAUUACAGCAAGAAUUAGAAAGCACGAGAACUUCUUUCCACAAAAUACUUCAUGCAAUAUUAGCAAAUAGUAAUUGUCGCGAUUCUAUGUUAGCAUAUUUAGCAGCAUUAUUACGUCACAACGAAAAGCGUGCCCAAAUACAAACUGAAGAAUUUUCCCUUGCUGGAGAUGGAUUUAUGCUAAAUUUACUCUCAAUAUUACAAAUGCUAUCGGUUAAAAUCAAAUUGGAAACAAUUGAUCCUUUGUAUCCAUUUCAUCCUUCUAGUUUCGUUGAAAUAAAAAAUGAUACAAGACUGAAACUUUCUUCUCAAGAAGUUGCAGAAUGGCUAAAGGAAUUAGAAAUAACACAUAAGUGGGUUGAAGCUAAAUUUCCAACACAAUGUUGGUUUCUUACAUUACACUGUCAUCAUAUAGCAUUGUUACCAGCUUUACAAAAGUAUCAAAGAAAAUUAAGAGCUUUACGUGAUUUGCAAAAAAUGAUUGAUGAAUUACAAGCAUCCGAACCUCAAUGGAAAGAUGCUCCAUUUGCUGGACACAACAAAGAAUUGUUGAAACGAUGGAAACAGCAAUUAAAACGUCUUGGUAAAUCAAAAUCAUGUGCAGAUGCUGGUUUGAUCGACCCUGUGCUUCUAAGAAGAUGUUUGCAUUUCUAUAUUUCUGUUGCUGAAAUUUUACUUAGUCUUUUGACACAGAGCUCACCUAGUACUCCAUUUUUUGAACUUCCCUUGUCACAAGAAAUUCCACAUAAAUUUACAGCCCUACCAGAAUGGUAUGUGGAGGAUAUUGCAGAAUUUUUAUUAUUUACUAUUCAAUUUUGUCCAACAGUAGUAGUAAGUAAUGUGGAUAAUUCAUUGAUUACAUGGUUACUUGUAGUAGUAUGUACACCACAUUGUAUACGUAAUCCAUAUUUAAUUGCAAAAAUUAUUGAAGUUCUAUUUGUAAUCAAUCCUAAUGUUCAAGGUAGAACAGAAACAUUGCAUGAUCAAGUUAUGGCGCAUCCAAUUUCUAAGACGUUUUUGGCGUCUUAUCUUAUGAAGUUUUAUACUGAUGUUGAAACAACUGGUUCCAGCUCAGAGUUCUACGAUAAAUUCUCUAUUCGUUAUCAUAUUAGUUUAAUCUUAAAGUCAAUGUGGGACAGUCCAGUACAUCGGGCGUCUAUUGUAAAUGAAAGCAAUAAUGGCAAUCAAUUUGUUAAAUUCAUUAACAUGUUGAUGAAUGACACAACUUUCCUACUUGAUGAAAGUUUAGAAUCAUUAAAACGUAUACAUGAAGUUCAAGAACUGAUGUCUGAUCUCAAUGCAUGGUCUGCUCUUUCCGAAGAACAACAACAAUCACGAAGAAGACAAUUGACAGCGGACGAACGACAAGCUAGAUCUUAUUUAACGUUAGCUAAAGAAACAGUUGCCAUGUUUCAUUAUUUAACUGUUGAUAUCACAGAACCAUUUUUGCGUCCAGAAUUAGUUGGAAGAUUGUGUGCCAUGUUAAAUUUUAAUUUACAACAAUUGUGUGGACCUAAGUGUAAAAAUUUAAAAGUGAGAAAACCACAAAAAUAUGGGUGGGAACCACGGACGUUAUUAAGUCAGUUGGUUGAUAUAUAUUUACAUCUUGACUGUGAUAAUUUUGCAGCUGCUUUGGCUAGCGAUGAGCGAUCAUUUUGCAAAGAAUUAUUUACUGACGCUGCAAAUAGAUUACAAAAGUCUGCAAUAAAGACAACCACUGAGAUUGAAAGGUUUAUAGCACUUGCUGAACGAGCAACAGUGAUUGCAAGAGAUAAUCGUGCACGCGACGAAGAUUAUGGCGAUGCACCAGAAGAAUUUCGAGAUCCUUUAAUGGAUACUCUUAUGGAAGAUCCUGUUAAGCUUCCAUCUGGCAUCGUUAUGGAUAAAGCAGUUAUUAUAAGACAUUUAUUGAACAGUGCAACAGAUCCUUUUAGCCGUCAACCACUUAGCGAGGAUAUGCUUACACCAAUGGCCGAAUUAAAAGAAAGGAUAUCUGUAUGGAAACAACAAAAGAAAAAACCAACAAAUAUUUAAAAGGUGCUAAUUAGAAGAGCCUUUUUAUAUCAACAUCACCAUACCACAUAGAUUACAUUGAUACAACA